AUGACAAAGUCUGACCGCUCCGAGACGUCGCCUCUGCUGGCGCCCCGCGACGACGACGACGACGACCGCCAUGAUCCGGAAGCCAAUGCCGCCGCUGCGCCGCACUCAACAAGCAACGGUGGCGCGCCAAACGGCGGCAAGGACGACGGCGUCAAGGACCUGGGGAACCGCAUCUACGUCCUCCUACCCGCCGUCGCCAUCGGUCUGCUGCUCUCCGCCGUCGACCAGCUCAUCACGCUCGCCUCGUACGCCAAGAUGGGCAACGACCUCGACGCCCUCGACAGCGUGAGCUGGAUCGCCACCGCCUACUUCCUCACCCUCACCAGCUGCCAGCCGCUCUACGGCAAGCUCAGCGACAUCUUUGGCCGCAAGGAGUGCCUGCUCUUCGCCUACGCCGUCUUCGGGCUCGGCUGUCUCGGCUGCGGCCUCGCCCGGUCCAUGCUGCAGCUGUGCGUGGCGCGCGCCGUCGCCGGCGUCGGCGGCGGCGGCAUGACCGCCGUCGUCUCCAUCCUCGUCUCCGACAUGGUGCCUCUGCGCGACCGCGGCGUCUGGCAGGGCUACAUCAACGUCGUCUAUGCCGCCGGCACCGCCACCGGCGCCCCCUUGGGCGGUCUGCUGGCCGAUUCCAUCGGCUGGCGGUGGUCGUUUAUUGGACAGACGCCGCUGUGCGUCGUCGCCGCCCUCAUCGUCUACUUUGCGCUCGACCUCCCGCCGCCGUCCUCGGACCGCGUGCUCGCCAAGAUACGGCGCGUCGACUUUCUCGGCGCCGUGACGCUCGUCGGCGCCGUUUUCGCGCUGCUAUUUGGCCUCGACGCCGGCGCGCGCGGGGGCUGGACGCAGCGGACGACGGUGCUCGCGCUGGGCGUGGCCGCGCCGGCGCUGCUCGCCGUUUUCGUGUACGUCGAGGCGCGCGUGGCCGCGCACCCGUUUGCGCCCGGCCGCGUCGUCUUUGCGCCGGGACUGGUCGCCUGCUACCUGGCCAACUUCUUCAGCAUGGCCGGCCAGAUGGGCGCCUUCUUCUUCCUGCCGCUGUACUUUCAGGCCGUGCACGGGUUCGGCGCCGCCGCGAGCGGCGCGCUGCUCGUGCCCGGCAUGGUCACCGGCGUCGCGGCGUCCAUCGCCUCCGGCUGGGUGAUUAAGCGCACCGGCCGCUUCUACUGGCUCGUCGUGGCCGGCUUCGGGCUGCUGUUUGCGGCGAUGCCGGUGCUGGCCGCGGGGCUGUGGCGGCGGGACGUGCUCCUCGAGGAGACGGGCUACGUCCUGUGCCUCAUCGGCGCUUAUUCCGGCAUGUCCCCGACUCUCACCGGUCCUGACACGGCCGUCGUCGUCGCCUGCUCUUACCUCUUCCGCUCCCUCGGCUCCAGCAUCGGCAUCAGCGUCUGCUCCGCCGUCCUGCAGCAGGUUCUCCGCGGCGAGCUCGAGAGCCGCCUCUCCGGCGACGGCGCCCGCGAGAUUGAGGAGCGCGUCCGCCAAAACCUGGACUACAUCCGCGAGCUGGCCCCCGAGGUCGCCGAGAUUGUGCGCGCGAGCUACCAGCGCGCCACGCUGGUCUCGCUGCUGCCGGCCUUUGGCUUUGCCGGCGCCGCGUUCUUGUGCACGUUUUGGGUGCGCGAGACGGUGAUUCGGAAAUAG